AUGAAAACACUUACAAAAUAUCAUGCUUGGAGUGGAGACAAAGAACCCAGUGAAUGUACUAAAUGUGAUAAUUGUCAUCGUCGCAUCAAAGAUAGCCCAACUAUCAAAAAUGUAACACCCGAUAUUGAGGAACUGUUACAUGUCGUAGAAGUUUUAACCACAACUUAUGAUCACCAAAUCAUACCUGCCGAUGUUAUAGGAGUAUUCAGGAGAUCGAAUGCAGCUAGAAUGAGAAAAUUUGGAUAUCAACAGUUAGAAGAAUUUUAUGAUAAACAAGAUAUUAAAAAAUCAAAAAAACCAAAGUUAUUGAGUACCGUCGAACUUGCAGAAUUUGCGCUCCAAGACUUGGUUAGAAGAGGCUUAGUUUUGCAAGACAUAAUAUUAUCAAGGCCGCACGAAACAGAGUAUAUGUCAUGCACUUUAGUUAUCGAAGGGCUUGCAGACGGUGCCAAGGAAAUA